AUGCACUCUUUGCUGCUCGUCUCCGCUGCACUCAGCGCCGUUGGCUUAACCUCCGCAAAUCCUGUGGAUUUGGAACGGAGGACCGUCACUACGUUGUCGGCAACGGAGCUCUCUAGUUUUGCUCCCUUCACACAGUUUGCAAGGGCAGCCUACUGCGGCACUGAUAUUCUACAGGAUUGGACUUGUGGAGAGGCCUGUGAGGCAAACUCGGAUUUUGAAGUCUCUCUAGUUGGUGGAGAUGACGACGAUAUUCAAAACUAUUUUGUCGGAUAUUCGCCUUCCUUAGAAGCCAUCAUCGUGGCUCAUGAGGGAACGGAUCCUACACAACUUGAAUCCGACCUCACAGACAUAGAUGUUCCUCUGGCCCCACUGAGCAGCACUCUCUUCCCUGGUAUCUCUUCCGACGUCGAGGUGCAUACUGGCUUCCAAGACGAACAUGCUUUGACUGCCGACGCCAUCUUAGCAGAAGUAAAAUCCCUCAUGAGCUCCGUAGGAACUAGCAAUAUCGUCGCGGUUGGCCACUCUCUUGGCGGGGCACUAGCUGAAAUCGAUACGAUAUUCUUCCGACUCAACAUUCCUUCCGCUACUAUAUCUGCGAUGACCUACGGAACACCACGAGUGGGGAACCCUGCUUGGGCUGCAUUGGUCGAUGCUUCAGACGUCAACUUCAAACGGAUAGACAAUAUGCAAGCAUGCUGUAAAGAUUUAAUCCCAAUUGUCCCAGGGCGGGCAUUGGGCUUCGAACACCCAGCAGGAGAAAUCCAUAUUCUUUCUCCUGGUGAUGCAGUGUCUUGCCCCGGCGACGACGAUGCUACCGAUUCUGAAUGUCAGAUUGAAUCUGUCCCAACUAUUUUUGAAGGGAACAUCAUAGACCAUCUUGGACCAUACGAGGGGAUAUAUAUAGGGACUGUAUUUUGUACCUAA